UCUCCUUAGUGGACUGAAGGAUGUGAUUUUCAUCUUUUUUUCUACACUGCACCCUUCCAUUUUUCCUUUCCCUUCUCCAUCCUUCUAAAUUUCUUACCCAAAAAAAAAAAAAAAACAUGAAUCCUUCAGCUAUAGUCAUGGCAAAGGAGCUGCCCGAAGGAUCGUCGCGAUCCAUCGGUGAACUGUUGCAGCAGAAUCCAGCACCGUUGAGCCGAUACGAGUCACAAAAGAGGAGAGACUGGAACACUUUUGGACAGUACUUAAAAAACCAGAGACCACCAGUUCCAUUAUCACAGUGUAACUGCAACCAUGUUCUUGAAUUCCUCCGAUAUCUCGACCAGUUCGGAAAGACUAAGGUUCACUUACAUGGUUGUGUCUUUUUCGGACAACCUGAUCCGCCUGCUCCUUGUACUUGCCCUCUAAGGCAAGCUUGGGGCAGUCUUGAUGCUUUGAUAGGUAGACUUAGAGCUGCUUAUGAAGAAAAUGGAGGCUCACCUGAGAAUAAUCCGUUUGGGAAUGGCGCGAUUCGCCUUUAUUUGAGAGAAGUUAAGGAGUGUCAAGCUAAAGCAAGAGGAAUUCCUUAUAAGAAGAAGAAGAAAAGGAAGCUUAAUAAUCCUAUUAAGGCUACUAUUGGUGCACCUGCUGCUACUGAUCAACAUAAGAAUCUGAUGCAAGCAAGCUAAAAGCAUGUAGCGCUAUCUCUUCUGAUAAAUAUGGGUAUAGGGUGGUCACAAUCGAAUGUAUCUUAGAUAAGAAGAUGUUGCUGCCUGCCAACAAAUGUCUACCUGAAUACUAGCUAGCUCUAGCUAGUUAGGUUUUCUUAUUAGUAGAUUAUUAAGUUAUAUACUCAUAAAGUCUUAGUCUUAAAUAAUUUAGUUAGAUAUUCAGUUUCUGUCAAUGAAAAAAAGCAGGAAUAACUGUCUUUUGGAAAAUUUUGAAGGGAGUUUUCCACUGCUUAAUUACUUUUGUAAAUUAAAUUACUUCCCUGCUGCUACAUGACUUGGCAUCAAUUACUGCAGGAGUCAUUAAUUUCAGCACUUUGGUUGUUUUCAAUAAGACACUAUUUACUCCGUGUUAUACAUCUACUAUAUUUUUU